UCCACUUUUGUUUUGCCGUAAAGUCCUGUCUCUCAUCUAAAUUCAUUAAAACAUAUCUUAAAGUCUUAAUAUAAAUCAAAUCAACUGAAAAAUGGGCGAAGGCGAAGGUUCAAAGAAGGCAAAGACCGGGUCUAAGAAGAGAGCGGCCCGAACCACAUCCAAUGUGUUUGCCAUGUUUACCCCCCAUCAGGUCCAGGAGUUUAAAGAGGCUUUCCAAAUGAUAGAUCAGGACAAGGAUGGCUUCAUCUCUAAGAAUGACAUCAGAGCCACUUUUGACUCACUC